UGUGCCGUUAUUGGCACACGGUGAAUCGUUUGCUGCAGUCAGCGUUCUCGUAGACACUCCCAACGCGGUUGAAUAACAACGUAAUUACGCAUUGGUGACUGGUACAUGCAGCAGGGGCUCUCAGUGUUUGGCACAAUUCGAGUUUAUCCAGUUAUUUAUUUGUGAAUACGUCUUUUGUGUCGCGUCUCGUCAUCGAGUCUGAAGAGAAGCGAGAUGUGAAUCUUGCGUUCAGCGAGUAUCCAUGGUCACGUUGUGAGUAGCUGAGUGCAUCGUAGACGUAUAAUCCAUUCAUGAAAGGUCAAGCAGAGUUAACGAAUGUAUAUUAUAAAAGCAUAAACUCAAAUGAGUGACAGUGCAUUUCAUUGGGUCGAUGACAGACUCUGAAUUCUUUUGAUUUGGAUUCUUAUCCAAACCUCAAGUAGACUGUUGUAAACAACAUGGCGGAAUAUUCUGUUACCGUGAUUGGAGAAAACGCCCUAGCAUGUUUUGCUAUAAUUGUCUACAUAUUCGUGAUGCUUGCCCAUUUGAUAUCAAUAAUAUUCUGUCAAAUACAUUGCAAUAAGAAUCCGGACCCAUUAUCAAGAGAAAAAGCUCCUGGAAUAAGUAUAUUAAAACCAUUAGUUGGUAUUGAUCCAAAUCUAGCAGAUAAUUUAGAAUCAUUUUUUAAAACAAACUAUCCCAGGUAUGAAUUAUUAAUAUGUGUACAUGAUGAGUUAGAUCCUGCAGUUAGCGUGGUUAGACCAUUGAUGGAAAAAUAUCCGAAUGUAGAUUGCCAGUUACUAAUUGGUGGUAAGAAAGUUGGUAUAAAUCCAAAAGUUAAUAAUAUGAUGCCUGGCUACCUUGUCUCCAAGUACGACCUAAUAAUGGUCAGUGAUGCUGGAUGUCAAAUUACAGAUCACUCUCUACCAGACUUAGUUCAUCACAUGAAAGAUGAUGUUGGGUUGGUGCAUCAAAUGCCAUACACUGUACAUCGGAAGGGAUUUGCUAGUACAGUAGAAAUGGUUUAUUUUGGUGGUGCACAUGCCAGGAUGUAUUUAUCAGCUAAUGCCCUUGGUAUUAACUGUGUAACUGGUAUGUCCAGUAUGAUGAGGAAGUCAAUUUUAGAAGAUGCUGGUGGACUUGAAGAAUUUGGCCAAUACAUAGCAGAAGAUUACUUCAUGGGUAAAGCUUGCACUGACAGGGGUUUUAAAGUAGUAGUAUCGUCAUUGUGGGCAUUACAAAAUUCUGGAACAUAUUCUUUAUCUCAGUUCAAACGUAGAAUGGCCAGAUGGUGCAAACUUCGUCUUUCAAUGCUGCCAUUGCUGAUUGUCUUAGACCCAUUGACUGAGUGUUUAGCUUUGGGUUUAUUUACAGCUUGGGGUCUUUAUCAUCUUCUUCAUCUCCAUCCAGUAGUCUUCUUUCUAUGUCAUUUAUUAGGUUGGUUUUUAAUGGAUUACAUUCAAUUAUCAGGAGUACAUAAUCAAGCUCUACCUUUUAAUAAAUCUGAGUUUGCUGUGGCGUGGAUAACAAGAGAAGUCCUAACGAUUUUUGCUUAUGUGGAAGCUCUUCUGGAUCCUAAUAUCCGCUGGAGAACAGGAACAUUUAGAAUGAAAUGGGGUGGAAAAGCAGUGGAAGUGACCUCGGAAGAAGAUGUCAAAGGCUGUCGUUGUUACCUUGUCUAGCAGUGUAUUUCUAACUUUGCUAUAUGAACUGCCAUUUUUGUAUACAUUUAUUUUAAUGUUUAAAAAACCUUUUUUUAUGAAUUAUUUAGUUUAUAUAGAAGCUCAUUAUAGGCUGUCACACUAGUUAACGUUUUGCACAUACGCAGUGACUGGUUGACAAGAACCGAUCGCUUGCACCCAAUGAUUAUAUAGUAGUGUUGUUCACUCUGUUGUUAUUAUUAAAUAUACAUAUUCCUGUCCCAAACAUGCGAGCAACAUUUUUUAUCAGACUCUUGCAUGUUGGUUGGCAAAAAAGUAUGACGUCAUAGUGCCUACAGCCUAUAGUGUUACAUUAAUAUAGUAAAAAAACAGUAAAUUGUUGACUUUUUAUAAAUUAUAUACAGUAUACAAUGCAGUGUGAUGGUUGGAAACAUAAUUAUGUUGUUUAACUUGUGUAUCAGAUAUAUAAUCAGUCUUGCAAUUAUGUUAUGUAUAUAAUGUACUAUUGCUGUGUUUUAUAGUUGAUUAAUUAGGUAACUGCUGUAUCGAGGACCAGUAAAGCUUCUCAUAUUACUGAUUGUCUCGUAUUACUGUUUUAUGUUUAUUAAUUAUCAUCAAUAUCAACUUUAUAUUUCCGAUUGAAAACUGUAUGGCGUUUAAACAAUCCUCUUGUUAUACUAUUAUGCUCUUUCAGAUGUGUUCAUUUCAUGUCAAUAAUUCUGAUAAUUAUCACACCCCAUGAGUAUCUUAACAGGAAUUUUCAACUACUUUUGGGCAUAGGUCCGAGGAUCAAAACGCCAAGGACUAUUAUUAAGAUUAUUGGAUUAAGGAUCCAAGAGUAAUUCCUGUUAAUGUGUGAGUAGGGGUAUGAUAACAAAGUUUAAUAUUCUUUGAAUUUGAUGAUUGAAUUUGUGUUUUUUCUGCAGCACCAUCAUGAGUUGUGUGGUAUUUCACAGUGUGUUUAUAUGUUAGGUAACUCUUUUUGGAUAGAAGAAGGAGGAAAUUGUAGUAUCGUAGCUGAUACAACUAUGUAUGUACUUCACUCAUUCAGUCAAGUGACCAUGCAUUCACAUAGCUUAUAUCUAAAAAUCAUUGAUUCAAACCCAGGGUAUUGCUGCUGAAAAAAUGUCCUAUUUUUUUUUAUUAAUGAAGGCAAAGUUGUAUACUUCACUUGGAUCAUGCGAGAACAAACUUGUUCAGAAACAUAAACAUAGACAUAAACUUUUCAUAGUAAACGGGCAUUGUUUAGAACAAAGAAAUUGGUAAGCGCGGACUAUUUAGAACAAAGAAACUGGUAAGAGCAGACUAUUCAGAACAAAGAAACUGGUAAACGCCGACUAUUUAGAACAAAGAAACUGGUUAACGCAGACUGUUUAAAACAAUUAAAACAAACCAGUUUUAGUGAAUAGUUUUGUAAUCUUUAGUGAAAUGCUAUUUUAAUGACCUUUUGAAAAUAAUAAACCCAAUUGCUUUGAUAUUUUAUAUAAUUUUUAUAGCUUAUGUAGAAGUUUAUGUGCAUGACAGUGGAACUAGAUUGUAUUUUAUCAUUUAUAUACAUUGUUUAAUAGAGUGAUGGUUGGAAACAUCAUUCUGUUGAUUUAUUACCUGACUGUGUAUUAGGUACAUGUAUAUUAUCAGUCUGGAAAUUAUGUUAUGUAUCUAGUGAUGUAUUUGGCCAUGACCUUUGCAGUUCUGAUAGCAGCUAAUCAAGAAGUCACUGCACUUGCAGUGCUGUAAUUGACUAACCAAGGUUUCUUAACCUUUGCAGUUCUAAGAGCAGCUUACCAGAGGUCCUUGCUUUUCUGCAAGCUAACCAAGGGGCUGCUUUCUUUGCUGAACUUUGAAUCAGCUAAUCAAAUAAAAGUGUCCCACUUGUGCAGUAUUACAAACUACCCAAGGGGCAUAGACUGUCAUAGCCAAUCACAACUCACAGAUUUAACAUUUUGUGAAUUAAAAAAAAAAUGAUAGUAUAAGAUUCACUGAAUUUCAUUUGCUAGAAUUUUAAAAGACAUUGUAGUAUAUAUUUUGUUGGUAAUGGUUUCAUAAUUGCUCGUAAGCUUUAAGAAAAACUAAUCUGGUCAUUGUAUCCUGUACUAAAAUGAACCAAUGAAGACCUUGACGCAGUUUCCUCAUCACAAGUAAUAAUUUUUACAGCUGUAUUUUGUGAACACUGUCGUACUAUGAAAGUCUAGUGUUACAAUGUAUGUGAUGAUGGUGAUUGUAUAUGAUUGGAAUCAAAUUGGUUCAGUAUAUGAAAAUUGUCAAAGGGAAUUCCAGUAAUUAAACGACAUGUAAUUAAUUUAACAUGUAUGUAUUGGAACCAAUGGCAAUAUGAGCAGUUAUAUAUGGUGCUUGACAAGAUUGGUAGUCUUUUUAAGCAUCUUCCUCCAUUGAGGUGAUAGUGUUAUAGUAGUUGAACAUAAUACCUAUAUGAAUAUAAGCGUUA